UGAGAAGCGGAAUCAUUGUUGAAUCGAUAUAAAAGCAAGGCAGACCCUGAAGAAUUUGAUUUCACUUCUAUACAUGCGUUGUUCAUUUCUUUAUACCAAUGUCUUCGCGCCCAGAAUUCCCUUCAGACUGCUCUCCUCUUUCUUCUCCAACUAUGCUUCAGCAGCCAGACCUCUCCAAUUCAACGAAUCGCCACCUCUGUUUGUUGACAAGCUCCUAUCAUUCUUGCAGCAAUCCUCGCUGUGCCUUGUCGGGGUCAAGACGAUACAUGCUCAAAUCGUCACCAAUGCACUGUCUUCGGACCAUUUUGUUGCUGCCAAGCUUGUGAGGGCCUACUGCCAGUGUGGUUGUUUGGAAGCCGCCCGCCACACGUUCGAUCAAUUUCCUCACCCAGAAGUGUUCUUAUGUAACGCCAUGAUGAAUGGGUAUUUACGUAAUGAGCGGUACGAUGAGACUCUCGCGUUGUUCUGGAUGAUGGGUCGUUGUAAUUUGGAGGUUGAUAGUUGCAGUUGUACAUUAGCACUAAAAGCUUGUACAGGUUUGUCGGAUUAUGAGAGUGGGAUGGUAAUAAUCAGCAGUGCUGCUGAAAUUGGCAUGGCCAGAGAUCGGUUUUUUGGAAGUUCGGUGAUUAAUUUUUUGGUCAAAUGUGACCGUAUUGAUGAGGCACAAAGGGUGUUUGAUGGCAUUCGAAAUAGAGAUAUUGUUUGUUGGAAUUCAAUGAUGGGAGGUUAUGUGCAGACAGGCUAUUUUCAGGAGGCUAUUGAUCUGUAUUUUGAGAUGUGUGAUGAUGGAAUAGGGCAAACCGCGAUAACUAUGGUGUGCUUGAUUCAGGCAUGUUCAGGGAUUGGGAAUUUAGAACUUGCCAAGUGCAUUCACGGAUGUGUACUUGGACUUGGAAUGUGCGAGGAUGUUCGGGUUCUCACAUCAUUGGUUGAUAUGUAUAGCAAAUUGGGUCACAUUCAGAGUGCUCGAUGGGUUUUUGAGAGGAUGCCUGACAAAAGUUUGGUAUCAUGGAAUGCAAUGAUCUCAGGAUGUGUCCAAAACGGUUUUGUACAGGAAUCCUUUGGCCUGUUUCAUAGAUUAGUUAAUGCUGGGGGUGGGUUUAAUUCAGUAACUAUUGUUAGCCUCCUUCAGGGAUGUUCACAAAGAGCUGACUUAGAAAGUGGAAAGCUUCUUCAUGGUUUCAUUCUAAGAAAGGGCCUCGAAUUGAAUCUUAUUUUAUCUACUACACUUGUUGAUCUGUAUUUGAAAUGUGGUGCCUUACAGCUGGCAACUUCUGUAUUUAACGAUAUGAAAGAUAAGAAUGUGAUCACAUGGACUGCUAUGUUGGCAGGGUUAGCCCAAAAUGGGCGUGCUGAGGAUGCCUUGAAAUUAUUUCAUCAGAUGCAAGAAGAGGGAGUUACUGCCAAUUCUUUCACUCUUGUUAGCUUGCUUCACUCUUGUGCUCAUUUGGGCUCUUUGAGAAAAGGAAGGAGUGUGCAUGCUCAUCUAAUUCGCCGUGGCUUUGCUUUUGAUGUGAUAAGCAUGACAGCCCUAGUUGAUAUGUAUGCUAAAUGUGGAAAAAUGGACUCUGCUGCAAGGGUUUUUGAGAAUGGCUGUGUCAGUAAAGAUGUCAUUUUGUGGAACUCUAUGAUAACAGGCUAUGGCAUGCAUGGUCAUGCGAGUGAAGCUCUUAGCCUGUAUGGUAGAAUGAUAGAGGAGGGCAUCAAACCAAAUCAAGCUACUCUUGUUUCUCUUCUGGCUGCAUGUAGUCAUUCAGGGCUACUGAAUGAAGGUAUCUGUCUGUUUAACUGCAUGGAAGCGAACCUUAACAUCAAGCCUAAUGAGAAGCACUAUGCUUGCUUUGUCGAUCUUCUUGGUCGAGCAGGUCGUCUUGAAGAAGCUGAGGCAUUUAUCAGAAGAAUGCCUUUGGAGCCAGGUGUUGCCGUACUCGAAGCCUUGUUGAGUGGGUGCCAAACUCACAAAAACAUCAACAUGGGUGUAGAAAUUGCAGAUAAAUUGCUCCAGUUAGAUGCUGUUAACCCAACAAUCUAUGUUGUUUUAUCAAACAUUUAUGCACAUGCCAAGAGGUGGGACGCAGUGAACUAUGUCCGAGAGCUCAUGAGGAAACAGGGGCUAAAGAAAACACCUGGGUAUAGCUUGAUUGAAAUGGGAAACCAGGUGCAUGCAUUUCUUGCUGGUGAUGAUUCACAUCCAAAUUGGGGUGAAAUUUCUCAGUUUUUGGAGACUUUAAGGUUUGAGGUAGAGGCUUGUGGAUAUGUCCCAGAUACUAGUUGUGUUCUCCGCAAUGUGGAUGAGCAGAUGAAGGUGAAGCUGCUAUGGGGUCACAGCGAGAGACUAGCAAUAGCAUUCGGACUUAUGAGCACACCAGCUGGAAGUACAAUUAGAAUCACAAAGAAUCUUCGUGUUUGUGUUGAUUGCCAUAAUUUCACAAAAUCUUUGUCAAAGACAGUGAAGAGAGAAAUUAUCGUGAGAGAUCUGAAUCGUUUUCAUCACUUCCUGGAUGGCAAGUGCUCUUGUGGUGAUUAUUGGUGAAGCUCCUUCUCUAAGAUACUCGUGUGUGUGUUCAUACGUGAAACAACUAUAAAUAGUAAAGAGUAUGGAAAGGUUCAAACUCAUAAUUUCAUAUUUGUCAUGAGAUAGUGGUCACUACUCGAAUCACUCUUAAAGAUCCAGGACAUGUGACUAGAGAUUAUAAUUCAAUCUAUCAAUCU